AUGCGUCACGGCCUCGUGUGUGUGGAAUGCGGUGCCCCUGUGGAGGAGCUAGUGCGCGACUACGGCAAAGGGAACCUGCGUCUGGCCAUCUGCAGUGCGUGCAACUCGGUUGCAGACAAAUACGUCGAGUACGAGACAAUCCUGCUCUUCCUGGAGGUUCUACUACUCAAGCCUCAAGUGUAUCGCCAUGCACUCUAUAACCUACCAGCUCCAGUCUCCACCCGGACGACGCUCAAGCUAUUCGUGAUCCUCGUGAUGCUAGAUAUGAACGUCAAGGCGUAUUUAGUGGACCGGGAUGCCGGCGUCACCUUCCGCUCUGAGUCAAUGUAUAGAUCCCCCGAAAUCUCGACGUCUGGCGCUCGAAUCGGACAGUUCUCGCUGCAUUUAGUGUGCCUCGCACUAGUAGAGAACGUCGUCUACUUCGUCAGUGUCUUUGCUGCAAUUUGGCUGGAUCCAUUCCGUCGGAAAUGGAGAGAAAAGCUGCUAAACGAGGGAAUUAACGCGGCCUGGACGAGAUACGCCAGCGCCAUGUGCAUCUCGAGCUUCGGUAAGCUCUUUGCACUAUUGACAGUGAUCUGGGAGUUCCAUUGGAGCUUCAUCCACGUCAUGGGAGCUCUGGUAGUCGUGUCCAAUGUGCUCGCAUUGCAACUAUUACUAGGAGAGGGAAACCCCGCAAGAGCCAAGUCGCUGCAUGUUGUGGCAGUUGUCGGUUUUGGAUUGAUCGCCAGAGGUGCAGCACAACUUGUACUCUAUGCGAUGGGUAACUCGGUGCUCUUCCACGUGCUCGUUUAA